ACAUACGCAUGCGCAUGAAAAGAAGCACGGAAGUGGUUGCUAACCUGCUGCUCUGUUGUUCACUGACAUAACGACUGUUAACGUUACAUAUGGACAAUAGACCGCUCUCAAAUAUAGAGUCACACUGAAGUCUCGUGUAUGUUAAGGAGCUCUACAAAUGUCUUGAACAUGGCAAAGGUUGUUCGGACAACAGCUUUAGUUUUAUACCUCUGGAGUGUUUUCAUGCAGUUCAGUCGCAUGUCAGGUCUUGGGAUCAAUGAACUGCUUUAUUUCCGGGUCAUCAGUCCAGAGGAGAUAGGGUACAUCUUCAGUGCAGCACCUGCUAAAGAUUUCGGGGGAGAUUUUACGUCAUUUUAUGAUGAGAUUUUCCUCGUGCCAGCAGACCCAGCAGAUGGCUGCUCAGACCUGGAGGACAGAGAAAUCAUCCAGGGACAAGUAAUCCUGGUGGAAAGGGGAGGUUGCUCCUUUGUGCAAAAGACCCGACAUGUUGAGGAAGCAGGAGGCAAAGCUGUUCUGAUUGCUGAUAAUGCAGUGGACAAUGACAGUCAGUACCUUGAUAUGAUCACUGAUGGAAGCGCUGCCAUACCAAGCAUACCUGCUCUAUUCCUUCUGGGACGUGAUGGGAUGAUGAUCAGACGAUCUCUUCAGAGACAAGCACUUCCGUGGGCCGUCAUUUCCAUUCCCGUCAAUGUUUCCUCUUUGGCCUCAUUCCCACUCAAGCAGCCCCCAUGGACACUGUGGUAGAAAUGACGCCCACCCACAACUUCAUGCAUUUCCUCACUCAAUAAACAUUCUUUCAUCAGUG